AUGGGUACAUCGGUUGGGAACAUGCUGGGGUCCAAUAUCAGUCAGGCCACUAGAAUUAAAAUACUUAACGGGGAAUAUAUUGACCUGAGUGUGUUUUUGGAGAACCACCAUGAUCCGGACGGGUCUCAAAACCUGAAUACACACAGCAUGGGAAUGGGCACGGGAAAAGUAUGGAAGUGCUUUGACUUUAACUAUAAAGGGUCAUGUUUUAGAAAUCCUUGUAGAUAUCAGCAUAGUUGUUUGAAAUGCAAUGGGGAGCAUGCUUCUUACAUGUGUCAUGCAAACAACUUUCAGCAUAAUAGCGCUAGCACAGGCAAUUUAGAGGUCAAACCCCAGCAGAUUUAG